CCAGUCUGUAUCUCUUGAUUUGAACUUAGCUGGACUGGGAGGCUCUCAUGGACAUCAACGAGAAAGAGGAUAAAGGAGAAGACGACAGCCCUGAGGGGGAGAUGACAAAGGAGGAUGUUUCAGAGCCUGUCGAGGGGGACACCGUCCUGGGCUGCCACACUGCACUCUCUUCCCAUCAGCGGCCGGUUAUCCACCAGGUGGCCUCUGCACCCAUGCCCAGUGACUAUGAGUUCUCCUUCUUUGACCCCAGUGAGCUGCAGUGCAGGGAGGUUCUUCUGGAUCCCACCACCACAAUACCGGAGCUGUUUGCUGUCCUCAGGCAGUGGGUGCCCCAGGUUCAGAAGAACAUUGACCUUAUCGGCAAUGAGAUCCUAAAGAGAGGCUGCGGUGUGAAUGAUCGAGAUGGACUGACAGAUAUGAGCCUCCUGCACUAUUGCUGCAAGGCUGGGGCCCCAGGCAUUGGUGAUGCAGACACAGCAGCCAGCUUUGCUCGCCAGCUCCUUGGCCUGGGUGCUGAUCCUAACCUUCGCUCACGCUGGACUAACAUGAGGGCCCUGCACUAUGCUGCCUACUUCGACGUGCCGCAGCUUAUCCAGGUGGUGUUGCAAGCCUCCCAGCCUGGAGAGGUAGAUGCCACCUGCAGUGACUUUGAUUUUGGCACCGCUCUGCACAUUGCUGCGUCCAACCUGUGCACAUCAGCUGUCAAAUGUCUCUUGGAGCUGGGAGCCAACCCUGCUUUCAGAAAUGAAAAAGGACAGUGCCCAGCAGAUGUGGUGCCCGACCCCCUUGACAUGCCCUUGGACAUGGCAGAUGCAGCUGCUGUGGCCAAAGAGCUCCGCACGUUGCUGAGACGGGCUUUACCAAGACCCAGCUCCCCUCUGCCCCUCACUGUGCAAGCCCAGUCACCUCCUGCUCUCUCUGAUAAGGCCAGGAUACAGCUCGCUACCAUGGGGAUCCGUCUAGGUGAACGUGUGGUGAUUGCUGGACAGAAGGUUGGAACCCUACGAUUCUGUGGCAGCACUGAGUUCUCGGGAGGCCUCUGGGCUGGAGUGGAGCUGGACAAACCAGAGGGGAAGAACGAUGGCUCGGUGGCAGGCGUUCAAUAUUUCACCUGCAGAAUCAAACAUGGAAUAUUUGCUCCUCUUUCCAAGAUAAGCAAACCUCUGGAAAGACAUAAAAUGAGCUCCACAAAAACGUCUACACCCAUACGCCCCCCUCGUCGCAUAGACCUGUCCCGCAUCACCUCCAAGAUAAACACAGGUGUUCUCUCCCGCUCCCUCUCCUCUUCUUCCUCUUCAUUGGACUCUCGACACGGGCCAGGUGCCCGACCUCGUCCGCUACCAAGGCAACGCCUUCCUGCCAGGCAGAGAAGGGAGCGAGCUUCUCUGAGCCCCAGGACCACACCCUCACCAGCCCUCCAUUCUUAUUCUGGUACCACUGUGCUAACUGCAGGUCUUCGAAGCCGAACCCCCUCAGCUAGUAGCUCUGUGUGUGACAGCCCUGAGGUGCGCCUGGGGGAAAGAGUGCUGGUGGUCGGCCAGAGAACUGGUGUUGUCCAAUUUUAUGGAAAGACCACCUUUGCUCCAGGGCUGUGGUUGGGCAUUGAACUGGACAAGCCAAGUGGUAAGAAUGAUGGAUCAGUGGGAGGAGUGAGGUACUUCAACUGCCCACCGAAACACGGCGUCUUUGCUCCUCCGUCUCGUGUUCAGAGGAUCCAUGGAUCGGUCGAUUGCCUUUCAGAGCUCUCUUCCUCACGCCUCAGUCAUCCUUUCAGUGGGACAAUCCGUCGCAGUUUCAGCACAUCAUCGGCCAUCGCCACCCCAAAGGAGACGAGCAGAAGAAGUCCUGUUACCAGGAGUCGUUCGAACCCUCACCGCCGGCGCUGGAGUACCCUCAGUGGUGGUAGCAGCGGUGCUCCUGGAAACGUGGCAGGGUCCAGCCCCUCGGCCAGCUCUGAUGGACAGGUCCGCCUUCACGUGGGCACGCAGGUCCUACUGAACAGUGCCAAUGAGAUGGCGUUCAUCCGUUACCUGGGCACAGCGGACUUUGCGCCGGGCCUUUGGCUGGGCCUGGAGCUACGAAGCCCCAAGGGCAAGAACGACGGCUCUGUUGGUGGCCGCCGCUACUUCACCUGUCGACCCAGCUACGGUGUGCUGGUCCGUCCCAGCCGUGUCACCUACCGCGGCAUCAAUGGGUCACGCCUGGUUAAUGAAAACAGCUGAGGAUUGUAGGAAAUGGGAGUGGGGAAAAUUUGAGACAUUUUGACUUUCUGUUUUGUUUUAGUUUUAACUCCUCAUUCUUUUUUGGCUUGAUUAUUAAUUUUCCUCUGUACAGUCCUCUAUACUCUUCAGAGGUGGUGUGAAUUAUAAUGAUAAAACCACUUAUUAAUAGUUAAACUUUAAACUACUAUAUUAGUUCUGGGAGAAAUGUAGGAGGCAACGAGAAGCACUUUAAAAAAAUUAAUGUUCAAUUCUUGUUAGAAUUUGUCUUGGCAGGAUGAGGAGGGAAAGUCUUAAUAAGACAUAAGACGCUGCACUACUUUUAAUCUGAUUGCACUGACAAACAUCAACAUGUUAAAUCAGAAGAUGAUCAAGCAAAUGGUAUAGAUGUGCACACAUGAAAAACUAUUUCUAUACCCAAAGCUAAUUUUGAUUGCAUCGAGUAGAGAUUUUAUCACAUCAUUUAGGUGGUAAUGUAGCCUCUCUAACCAAAAGUGUCCAUGUGUUUGUGACUGUGUGCGUAUGUGCACAUGCAUGUGUGUAUUAAUUAAGAGCACUUUGAAAGAAGAGACAUGAUUGAUUUUUACAGGGUCAUCAUAUGGCUUUGAGAUAAUUAAUGGAAAAUUAGUCAAAACUGGAUUUUCAGUUUAUGAAUCAGUGUGAAUUAAACAAGAUUUAAUUGAAGCUAGACCUCCAUCAGAAAAGAACCACAUCAACAGGAGUGGUGUCCUCCUACGUUUACGUCAGUAUCUGCCACAGACUGUCCAUUAACCCUACACAGAUAAAUGAUGGUUAUAUUGUGAUAUGGGUUGCAAAAAUCCUACCUGUUAGCCCCUGUUAGCUGUGACUACAGCCUUCUUUGUCAGACUGAUGACAUUGUUGCCGCAGUCUGUAAAUAACACGUUGAAGGUUACUUUGAUAAUUUUUCAGUUGGGAACACAGUUGACGUUUGUAAGCCUGAUUACAUGACUAGUCUGUGUUGGGUUGAGUAUUUAAAAUCUUUGUCCUUCUGACUGAAAAUCAGACUCAUCGAGCCCUAACCAUUACAUCACAUUUUUGCUUUAUACAGCCUGAAUGUGGUAAAAUCUGAAGUUAAUUAUGUAGUUUGAAUUGUGUAGUCUACAAACACCACUUUUGUUAGGAAUUUAAAAGUCCUGCAGUGUGUUCCCAGGUUUGGUAUCAGACAGACAAAAGCAGCUUGAGACAGGAAACGUACAAUCAUCCAGAAGUUUCUAGUACAGAUUUUGCUAUUUGAUUAUAGCCGUCUGGACAACUCGGCAGAGAACAAGCCAUCGAUUGUGCAAAACAGGCCCCACUAUUCAGAAAAACACUCAUGCACCAUCCAAUUAGGGUGUGCAGGCCACAACAGUUGCUGAGGAAUCUCCAAUGGACUUCUCUCAUUGAUCUGUCUGGUCAGGCCCCCUGUGAUUGAAAAGCAGUGGCGGUCAGAGCCCAUGGUUGUCUGAAAUAUAUGUUAGAGUGUGUGCGUGCGUGUGUGUUAGCGUGCGUGUUAAAAGUGCGGUCUUUCCCGGUUCCUAUUGAAACAUUUUACUCAUUACUUUCUUCCUUGAAAAUAGCUUCUCAUUUGCAUUAAGGCCAUAUCUGUGAUAACUUCUGUGGCAUCUGUUAGUGUUUAACAUUUCAAAUUUCAUUUAUAGAUAUAGUGGCAUACUUCCCAUCCCCACUGUAUUGCAUGAGUGAUUUCAAAUUACACUGAUGGUAUGAAAGUCUUUUGGCACUGUGUUCAUGUGGGUAAUAGAUUGUUUUUUUUUUGUUUUUUCUCAUGGAAUUCCAGAUAUGUAUAUUUGAGGUGCGAUUGUGUGAGAAGGGGGUUUGGUCUGAUGCAUUUACAUGUUGUGGAGAAUAACAGUAUUUGUAAAAA